UCCGUCAGGGAAGGAGUGUGCUAGUAGUGCUCCUCAAACUUUCUCUGCUACUCGAGAAAAGUUGAUGCUGGAGACACCACGAGUGUUGAUGCUGAGAUAUUAUUACAUGACAGUGCUUAGUGAUUCUUGGUGAAGGUAACUUCACUAUGAUACAGACUUUAUUAUAUACAAAUGCUUUAAACAGUGGUGUUGAACUAGUGGAUUUAGUGAGGUGGUAGCCAUGGAUGUUACAAUAUUAGUGUGUGUGUUAACACUGGUCGCUGCCCGUCAAGAAGGUCCUCCUGUGAUCAAGGAGCACCCCAGCAGUGUGGUCGUGCGCCGCAACGACCCCGUCACCCUCAACUGUGUCUCCUCGGAGGCCACUCGCAUCAGGUGGUUCCGUGAGGGAGAAGAAGUGAUCACGUCUACGCAGGAUCCUCAUUCCCACCGUAUUCUCCUGCCCACUGGUUCACUUUUCUUCCUUCGUGUCACUGACACCAAGAAGGACAGUGACACUGGGAAGUACUGGUGCGUGGCUUCCAACAGCUAUGGUACUACCCGCUCCAAAAAUGCCACACUGACCGUGGCGACCCUAGCUUACAACUUCCAGAAACAAGCGGAUCCUACAGUGAAGUCCCGUAUUGGGGAGUUUGUUUCCUUGCCUUGCCGGCCACCCAAGGGCAGCCCUCCACCAGAGUUGACUUGGCUGAAGGAUGGCCGCCAGGUAGUCAACUCCAGCCACGUGAGUGUCACUCAGGCAGGAGACCUGGUCAUCAGCCACACCAUUCAGGAAGAUUCUGCAACCUAUGUGUGUCGCGCUCGCAAUGCCGCUGGCACCCGAGAAUCACCACCCACCCAACUCACUAUCAUGAUACCACCGUGGUUUGAGGAGCGGCCAACAAACGUUACUACUCCAUCAGGAGUGGUAGUGGAGUUGACAUGUCGGGCACAAGCAUCUCCCACUCCCACAGUUACCUGGCGCCGGCUAGAUGGCAAGAUGCCGCUGGGACGUGCCAAAGUAGACGACAAACGACUUAUAUUGGAGCAGGUGGAGGCUGUAGACUCAGGUGUUUAUGCAUGUGAGGUUGAGAACGAGGCCGGAGUUGCUUCGGCCCAAGCCACACUCACUGUUGUCAAUGCUCCUGAACUGACUCAGAGGCCACAAGACCUUCAGGUUUUAAUUGGUGAAAGUGCACAGGUCUCGUGUCGCAUUGAAGGUGAACCUCAGCCACUUGUGCUCUGGCGCCUUCCAGUGUUAGAUAGAACAGCUCUUCUAAGCCCAGGACUGAGAUGGGGUCAUGCUUCUGUUUCUAAUGAUGGUUAUACUCUAAUGAUAGAACAUGCUACCACUGAAGACAGUGGCCCAUACCACUGCUGGGGUGUGAGCAGUGGUGGUGGUGUAAGUGGCCAGGCAGAACUGAUUGUAGUGCCAUCUCAUCCACCACCUGUAGUAGGUGUGGGUCCUGAAGACAAGACAGUUGCACCUGGCAGUACUGUAUCAUUCCCAUGUGAAGUAGUGAGUGAGGCAGCUGAAGCCACUAUCUCCUGGUGGUAUCGCCAGGCCGUCCACCUUCCACCCCGUCAGUUAUUCCAAGACUCUGCUGACCCCAGGAUCUCUCUCCCAGAAAAUGGAGCCCUCAUCCUCAAGAAUGUGCGCCUAGAUGACCAAGGCAUCUAUACCUGCCACGUCACAGCAAACACUGGUACCGUGGAGCAAGCAGCAGUGCUGAGAGUUAAGCAUGAUGCCAAUACAGUCGAAACAUUGUUGUUGCCUGCACCUCCUACCAAGCCACGUCUUAUAGACAUGAACCAAACGGCAGUACAAUUGAGCUGGCUUCCCAACUCACAAGUAAAUGUAGAGGCAGGUCAGUGGUACACAGUUGAAUACUGGAAACAGGGAUGGGAUGAAUGGCGUGUGGCUGAUGCUCUCAUGAUGCAGGAGUCAUGUGUGGUUAAUCACCUUACUCCUGGACACACCUAUACAUUCCUGGUCCGUGCUGUCAGCAGCAGAGGAGCGUCAUUUCCGAGUCCCUGGUCAGAUCCAGUAACCACCCGCCCUCCCCGUGACCCCAGCCUCACUCUGGAUCAAGCUCGCCAGGCCCGCCGCCGCCUCUCUCGUCCCAUUGUCACUCUCACUGACGCUGCCAUCACUGCCCCUGACAGUGUACUGCUCACCUGGGACUUUCUGGCUUCAACAGAUGAGUCUGUGGAAGGAGUGUUAGUAUACUCUGUUGCCAAAGCGGACACUGUGCAAGUGGCCACUGUCCUGGGAACUUCGUCCUCCUCCCACCUCUUGCACCACCUGAGCCCCAACACUCCCUAUACCUUCUUUAUUGUUCCCUUCUGGCACAGCAUUGAGGGAACGCCUUCCAACUCUCACUCUCUCAUCACACCAGAAGAUGUGCCUGCAUCAGCACCGAGUAACGUGCGUGUGACAGUGCAUGAGGACGGCUCUGUACUUAUCAAAUGGUCAAGUAUGAGUGCUGAGGAAGCCAGAGGACGGCUCCUAGGCUACCAGGUAAUACUAAGUCACAAUGGCAGCCAGACUACAGAGACAGUGAUAAGUCCUUGGCUGGAGGCUCGUGGUCUUCUACCUGGCCGCCUCUAUACAGUGCGUGUGGCUGCUCUAACAGGUGCAGGUCCUGGGCCCUUCAGUGAUCCCAUCUUACUGGAUGCUGGGCCUAAUGAUGCCCACAGCAUUCAGAGAGUAAAUGCAGACAGUGAGAGUGGUAGCUCUGUAAUAUACGCUCCACCACAGCCGGAAUGGCUGGUGUACCUGCUGAUACCUCUAGUACUGCUUGUGUUCAUGGUUACUUUGUUGUAUGUGAGACGACUUCAUAAAAAAGCGCCGUCCUCGAACACACUUCAUGCCCCAACUCUCUACCAGGAUCCAUCUAUCUACCCAGAUCAUAACUCCAUGAGUAUGUAUGGUGAAAAUAAAUUGUGGCAAGCCUCGGAGAGUGACAAGGACUCUAGCUUGUCUUCAACACGGCUCUUGCAUCAGCAAGUGAAUGAGUAUGCAGAGCCACGAAUGAAGGGGCUUCAUGAUUCAAUGGCAGAACCAUAUGCCACCACAGCAUUACUAACUCCCCCGUCACCCCACCUGAACCAGGGCAUUCCUUGGCAACAUCACAGCAACGAUUCUGGCAUUCAGGUAAAGUGGGCUGCAUUCCUGCCUCCUCCACCAGCCUGUCCACCGCCGCUAGACCUGGGUGAUCCAUCCAGUGUCAGUGACCAUCAGGGGCCCCGGAAAGUAUCUUCUCAAGGCUCGCAAUACGACAACAUGGGCAGAUCUGAGCAGUAUGAGCGGCCAUGUGAUGCUGCCUCGGAACACACUUAUGAUGUGUACACACAGGUGACACCUGCUGACUGUCGGGAUGAGUUCUCUACCUUCAAAUCACUGCAGGAUCACGACUGUCGGAAAGUUCACUCUGACUGUCACCUUCCACCUCCGACAGAACAACCACGAAGUAACACACACUAGAACCAAUGUCUACUGAACCCGCAGAACCACCACGAGCCAGACCACACUAUCACCGGUGUUAUCUGGUCCAGUAAACCAACUUUCCCAUCUUACGUAAGAGAGCAAUAGUACAAAUUUAAGCAAACUUGCGACAAAGCAACAAAUGUUUGAGUCAUCAGAUGUACAAGUAUAUACGUUCCAUCUCGUACUGAAAACCAACGUGUACGUGUCAUGUGCUGGUACAGCAAGACCCGCUAGUAACUGUGUCAUGAGGAGCUACAGCUACUAGUGCCUGUAUCAUGUGCUGGUACAGCGACACCUACCUGUGACAUGCGAACGAAGCCGGUAUCAUAACACUCACACUGGUUCUUGUCAUGUGAACUAAUGCACCUGCCAAUACAGCACACAGUCACAAGACUGCAACCAGCAUUCCAGUCAAUACCAUCAUGACCACUACCAGUUGGUGAGGAAAGGGCAUAAGUUAACACCAGCCUGUGACAACAGGGCAUAAGUUAACACCAGCCUGUGACAACAGGGCAUAAGUUAACAUCAGCUUGUGACAACAGGGCAUAAGUUAACACCAGCCUGUGACAACAGGGCAUAAGUUAACACCAGCCUGUGACAACGGGGCAUGAGUUUACACCAGUUUAUUAGGACAGAGCAUGGGAACACCAGUCUGUGAGAACGGAUCAUGAGUUAACACCAGUCUUUUUACAAGAGUGCACAAAAGACUUAGUGAGCAGUUAAGGAACUUUAGAACCACAACAACUUCACUCCUCUGUACAAUAUAACUGGGUAUACAUGUGCAUCUAUUUAAAUUCUGUAAAAGUUUACUCAGUUUUUUUAUUUUACGAAUGAAAGUUUUCUUGAGUGCGUUGUAUAUGUGAACUGUGGUCGUAAUGACCUGCGUGCAGUUAACUGUCCUUAAACAAAGCAAACUAACUCACUUAACCAGGAUGUCUUGCAAUUCUUCUGGUGUAGUUGUGUGAGAGGCACUGUGUCAGCAGAGUUAAUACUAGUGAUAGUGCCACUUGUGUCAGUAACAAGACUGGAACUACUAGACAGAGUCGUGAAAAUAAUAAGAAUGUCAGUAGCAGAACACAUUCCCAAGUCCUUACUGAGGAAGACCACAGGUGUUUUUUUAAUUUCUAACAUGCUAUGUAGACGUCAAUUUAGCGCUACUCCUCCUGCAUAUAAGGGUGACACUUCACACCAUAGUUAAAUCCCCAUUGCCACUGGUAUUCAAGUCUUUCCAGUGGCAAACAUGUCACCUGGGUGAGGUUGCAUUUUAAUCUUUCCCUUGUGGCACUACUUCUCGUAGAGGUAAUCACACGUAACAUCCUCUCGAUACACCCAACACUUCCCUUAUAAAAUGCCCUUAAACUUUAGCAAUAAAUCCAUCAUAUCCCAGAAAUUUACCCAUCACUCUUCAACAAUACAGAUUAUUCCCUAGUCCUUCAGCACCUUAGGAAUAUAUUCACAUCCUAGUUUUGUAUCCUUUAUAUCUCAGUAAUUCACUCAUAUCCAGUGAUUUAUCCAAAACAUCUCUGUGAGCUGUAGGUGAUUCUUCUCAACACACAAGCAACACUACGCUGGUAAAUCCCCUUUAAACUCACUAGUAACAUUCCCUCUCAUAGAAAUCUUCAAACACUAUACUAUACCUAUUUUAAAUCCACUAGUAUCAUUGUCACAUACAAAAUUCUAGAAAUACUUCUACACUCACAAACCAUUACCACAUUAGUUAAACCUACCAAUACUGCUACACACACAUGACUCGAUCAUGUCUCACAACACCCCUACUACACUAGUAAUACACCUAAGCACACUAAUACCAUAACUGUAAAAAUUCCUCUCAUCACCAACACACACAAACAUUAGUACCAUGACUAUAUAAUUGUUCAUCACAUCACCAACACAAACAUUAGUACCAUGACUAUAUAAUUGUUCAUCACAUCACCAACACAAACAUUAGUACCAUGAUUAUAUAUUUGUUACUCCCAUCACCAACACACACAAACAUUAGUACCAUGACUAUAUAUUCCUCCCAUCACCAACACACACAAACAUUAGUACCAUGACUAUAUAUUCCUCCCAUCACCAACACACACAAACAUUAGUACCAUGACUAUAUAUUCCUCCCAUCACCAACACACAAACAUUAGUACCAUGACUAUAUAUUCCUCCCAUCACCAACACACACAAACAUUAGUACCAUGACUAUAUAUUCCUCCCAUCACCAACACACAAACAUUAGUACCAUGACUAUAUAUUCCUCCCAUCACCAACACA